GGAGCACUGGGGCUCUUAAAGGCAAUGACGCACGUCAAGCCUACGAAGAAAUCGUCCAGACUGCGUUUACGUCACGUCAGAGACGGUCAGACGCCAGGAGGAAAGUGGCAUCCACUGAAUGUGGAGAAUUGGAUUCAACCGCACCUCUUGCCCCCAAGUUACGACAUCAAAGCGCUUCCGCUUCAGUGUCCGUCAAACCUAAACCUCCAGUUUCUCUCAGCUCACUGAUGAGUUUUUUAACAUUAUGGAGAAUCCAGGAAAGUCACUUCUACACCUAACUCAAAUUGAAGAGAAAGCUCAAGAAAUUUUAAGUGACCGCGAAGAAAUUGUCGCCCUAGACAAGCAAAGAAAUCAAAACCGUGAAGCAAUACGAGCAGUUCAAAGGCUGGACAAUUCAACAGCAUGGAUAACUGUUGGGCCACUUCUUGUUAAAAUGCCCAUCAAGAAAGUAUCCAACAUUUUAAAUAAUGAUCAAGUUCGCCUGGAUGUAGAGGUGAACAAGCUACGAAGCGACUUGAAGGUGAAGGUUAAUGCCCUCCGAGACCUUGAGCAUACAAGCCCAGUUCCAGGAUUGAUGUUGAAUCCAUUGUCUAAAGCUGAAAUGAAUGCGGUGGGGCAGGCAUUAGGAAGAAGCUCGGAAUAAGAACAUGUGAGACUGGUAUCAGUUGUGUCAAUAUUGUGACUAAAUUGUGCAUUUAGAAUAUGUUAAUACAAUUUAAGACUGUUUGUAAGGGUUUGUAAAACAAUUUAUUAUUAUUAUUGAACUUCAGUAAAUGUAAAUAUCAAAUAUCUUCAUUUCAGUACAUAUGUAAAUUGAAAAAGAAAGGAAAGUCCAUGAUUGUGAUCUAUACCAGCACAAGUGUGUAGGAGAUGACAUAAAACAUUGAUCAGACUCAACACAUCAAAUAAAUUCUUAUCAGAAGGUAA